CUUUUACUUGAUCUGUAACAUUAACACACACAAAUGAUUUUGUGAGAUAAAUACAACAAAGCCUGAAAACUGAUUGAAUACUUCUGGAGAUAGCAGGUGAAAGUGAGAUAAAUGUAUGUUUCUACUGUAAACUCAAACUUGACUUUGACCUGUCGUAAAGCAAACAGAGAGAACCACUCCCUUCUCUGCAACACAAAGUUCAGAUCUGACAGUCUGACAAGUUAUUUCCUGGUUCCUCCCAUUUAAAGGUGAGGGCUUGGUAGAAUUGCUGUACUGUAAAAAGCAGGAACUGACAACUGCUGAGUACGCAGAGCAGCGAGGAAUAAACAUGGAUUCAUCUAAAUACUCUUGCUCCAUCUGUUUCGAUCUACUGAAGGAUCCGGUGACUAUUCCUUGUGGACACAGUUACUGCAUGAACUGUAUUAAAUGCCACUGGGAUGGAGAAGAUCAGAGGAAAAUCAAUAGCUGCCCUCAGUGCAGGAAAGAGUUCAUACCAAGGCCUAACCUGGAGAAAAACAUCAUGCUGUCAGAAUUGGUGGAGGACCUGAAGAAGACUGGACUCCAAACUGCACCAGCUGUCUACUGCUAUGCUGGACCUGAAGAUGUGGCCUGUGAUUUCUGCACUGGGAGAAAGAUGAAAGCUGUCAAGUCCUGUCUGGUCUGUUUGGUUUCUUAUUGCCAAAAUCACCUUCAACCUCACUAUGAAUCACCUACGUUUAAAAAACAUAAUCUGGUUGAAGCGUCUACUAACCUUCAGCAGAACAUCUGCUCUCAUCAUGAUGAGGUGAUGAAGAUCUUCUGUCGUACUGAUCAGCAGUGUAUCUGUUAUCUCUGCACUAUGGAUGAACAUAAAGGCCAUGAAACAGUCCCAGCUGCAACAGAAAGGGCUGAGAAACAGAAGAAGCUCCAGGAGAGUCGACAACAAAUCCAGCAGAAUAUAGAGGACCAAGAGAAAGAUGUGAAGCUGCUUCAACAGGAGGUGGAGGCCAUCAAUGUCUCUGCUGAUAAAACAGUGGAGGACAGUGAGAAGAUCUUCACUGAGCUGAUCCGUCUCCUCCAGGAAAGAAGCUCUGAUGUGAAGCAGCAGAUCAGAUCCCAGCAGGAAACUGAAGUGAGUCGAGUCAAAGAUGUUCAGGAGAAGCUGGAGCAGGAGAUCACUGAGCUGAAGAGGAAAGACGCUGAGCUGGAGCAGCUCUCACACACAGAGGAUCACAACCAGUUUCUCCUCAACUACCCCUCACUGCCAGCACUCAGUGAGUCUACACACUCAUCCAGCAUCAACAUCCGUCCUCUGAGACACUUUGAGGACGUGACAGCAGCUGUGUCAGAGCUCAGAGACAAACUACAGGACAUCCUGAGAGACACAUGGACAAACAACUCUCAGAAAUUCAGUGAGGUUGAUGUUCUACUGUCAGAACCAGAACCAAAGACCAGAGAUGAAUUCUUGAAAUAUUCAACAGAAAUAACUUUGGAUCCAAAUACAGCACAUCAAAGUUUGGCACUGCUUCAGAGAAACAGAAAAGUAUCAUUAAGGCAUCAACCUCAUCCUGAUCAUCCAGAAAGAUUCACUGGCUGGUCUCAGGUCCUGAGCAGAGAGAGUCUGACUGGAAGUUGUUACUGGGAGGUGGAGUGGAGUCAGGGAGGAGUUGAAGUAGCAGUUUCAUACAAGAAUAUCAGCAGAACAGGAAGAUUAGAUGAAUCUAAGCUUGGAUUUAAUGACAAAUCUUGGGCACUGCGUUGUGGCAGUAAAUGUUGCACAUUCUGGCACAACAAAGUAAGUACUUCCAUUAAAAGUCCAGUUUCCUCCAGAGUCGGAGUGUACCUGGAUCACAAAGCAGGUAUUCUGUCUUUCUACAGCGUCUCUGAAACCAUGACUCUCCUCCACAGAGUCCAGACCAGAUUCACUCAGCCUCUGUAUGCUGGGAUUUGGCUGUUUAAUCAAGGAACUGCUGAGUUUAUCGCGGUUAAAUAGAGUAACUGAACAUACAUAACAAAACUUUUUUCUUGUCAAACUAACAGCUCAAAACAGUUUAACACUAAGUAUCCAUGCACCCAAAGUCACACUGAGAAGCUGGAAUUAAAUCCACAAUUUUUCUAAGUUACCUUUAGCUCUGUUCUAGUCUUGAUGACAUGAUGACAGGGCAAUGCAGUUAAUAUUCAUGAAUUUCAUAUAAAGAUCAUUACACAAAAAUGUUAAAAUGUAAAAACACUUAAGGACAUUCUAAUUGUCAUUUUUAACUGACUGGGCUAUGCAGACACAUGGCAAAAAAUAUAUA